CACAUACAUACAUACACACCGGCCGCAACAUGACGGGCGGGCGGACAGACUGACACACCGGGGCACCGCCGCUCCGCACGGAUUAUUCUCCCCGCGCCGGGGCGACGCAGCGAUCCAGCGGGGCGGGGGCGGUGCCGGUGCCGCGCUGCCAGGAGGGUCCCGGCCCCCGCCGGCCAGCGGCGAGCGCGUCGGGCGCCGGAGGAGCCCGGCCAGGUUAUUUUAUUGGCUGUGAAGAACCACGGACCCUUUGUGCCCUGAUGGGGGACUCGGGGUCCAGACGAUCGACUCUUGUAUCUCGGUUGCCAAUAUUCAGGAGGAGCGUUAGCCGGAGACACGACUCCCUUCCCUCCUCGCCUUCUUCUGCCAAUGCCAUYGGUGUCCACACCUCCUCCCCAUCCAGCACCAACUCCAGCUCAGGGAGCACAGGAAAGCGMCGGAGUAUUUUCCGCACUCCUUCCAUUAGCUUCCACAACAAGAAAGGGAGCGAGCAGAAGCCUGACUCAGCGAGUCAAAAUGUUAACAUCUCCAAUGGUGCCCAGUCCUCUCUUAGCACUUUUCAAAAACUCAGCUUAGACGAACACAUAAAGAGCAGAGGAAGGCAUUCAGUUGGCUUCGGCAGCUCACGGAACAAGAAGAUAACGAGRUCUUUGACAGACGAUUUUGAAAAGGGAAAGGAGCAUUCAGCCAAUAAGAAUGUCUUCAUAAACUGCAUAAGCUCUGGGAAGAAUGAGGGUGAUGAUUCAGGCUUUGCAGAAGAGCAGAGCCGAUAUUCUGUCAAACAGUCCACUCGGAAACUUCUCACUAAAUCUUUCUCAUCACACUACAAAUUUUCCAAAGCAGUUCCAGAGAGUCAGUCGGUUUCCUCUGUGCAGCAGCCCAGGUGUGUGCUGGAAGUUAAAUCCUACGUGGAAAGUGAACCUGUGAUGGCUAAGUCGUCUCCUCCGUGCUCGGCUGAGACGACAGAGUGCAUGGGCAGCUCCCUGCAGUCCCCGCUGCUCUCGGCUGACCUCACCGCUGCCCAGACCCCCUCGGACUUUGUCGCKCUGACCGAGGACUCUGUUUCAGAGGCUGAUGCCCUGCCCAGCAAUGGGCAUGGGGCACUGCUCGCAGAGGAUUUUGGCCACGAUGUCUCUACCUCUCAGAUGUUCUUUAAUCCCGCUGCUGCUCCUGCGAGGGAGACAGAUACUGUGCAUAGUACUGGCCAUUCUGCUGGUGUAUCUCCCGUGAGUCGCGCAAGCUCGUGCAGUGUAGAAUCCAGUACCUUAUUCAAAACCUCAGUUGCUAAUCAAACAAAAGUACUGUUGCAAGCCAAUGGACUACAUAUUAAUGAUGCCAGGCACAUAGAAAAAAUUAACCCGGCAAAUGYACAUUUAGAAUCCUUGAGAUUACAACAUAGUGAAGAACUAGUGACACUCUCUCCAAAGGUACAGGGGUUGAGUGGGAGCAGAGAUGAAAGCACCCCAUCCAAGCACAUGAGAGACACAAUUCCUGUAGUGGAGUCUAAGAAUGUUCCAUGUUCUGAACCUCAGUCCUUUAAAACACCACAGGUUUAUGAAUCAAACCAUCCUAAAGUYGAUGUUGCCAAUAGCCUCAGCCCGUUCCGGGAAGGCAGAUUUGUUGAGAAAAGACUGAGGUCCUCUUCGGAAGGUACUGCUGGGGGCAGCCGGCUGAUCAUCAAACCAAAGGAUGGAAAUGCAGAAGAGCUGAACAGCCUAAGGAAGCAGAGAGCAAGCUCAUCCUCUUCCAAAAUGAACAGCAUGGAUGUUUUGAAUAACUUGGGYUCCUGUGAGUUGGAUGAAGAUGACCUAAUGCUUGACUUGGAGUUCCUGGAAGAGCAGCAUCACCAUCGUUCUGUUUGCCGGGAAGACUCCUACCAGUCMAUAGUCUCAUGUGCUGCUGUAGUGCUUACCCCUGUGGAGACAACGGUGGAUACAAGGAAAAAAGAGCAGAUGAUAAUGCCUGAUGUGUCCAAACAGAAUCUAUCCCUGAAGCUGUCAAAGGAGGUGGAGCAAGGAGAAGCCMGGUACCCUCGUGUCAGCCAGCUGGCUGGCAGCCCAUCCGUGGAGUGGCCUUUCCCUGCUCUGGAAGAAGGUGGAGGMAUUGAAUCUUUGCCCUUCAGAUUGAUGCUCCAAGACUGCACAGCUGUGAAGACAUUGCUUCUGAAAAUGAAGAGGGUUCUUCAAGAGAGUACGGACAUGAGUCCAGCUAGUAGCACAACCUCCCUCCCCGUUAGCCCCCUUCCUGAGGAGCCGUUGUUUUUCAAGGAUGGAAUAAAAGAUGAAUGCUCUAYGCUGAAGCUCCAGCUGAAGGAGAGAGACGAAGUCAUAGCCCAGCUUCGUGAGGAGCUGGAAAAGGCUCAGUGCUUUCAGAAGGCUCUUGCUUCUCAAGCAGAUAAAUCCACGCAGACAGAACUCGUARGCCAUGAUACUACAUAUCCAAUCAGAACGGCGAGCCAAAAUCUCAGCACAAGGGACAGAAAGUCAGCACAUACUCCCACCGAGGACCCUUUUAGACACCCACCAGGCAMCCAAGCAGCAGCAUAUGAAAGCAAGAGCUGUCAGCUGUCCAAUUUGUGUCUGAGCAGCCUACUAAAAGAGAAGGAGAUUGUGGAAGCCAUCAAGCAUACCCAAGGCACGUAUGAAGCGCUGGCUUCAGAGGUCACCCAGAACGGUUUGGCUGUCACAGCACCCGGCACAGCAAAGCCAUCAUCCAAGGCAGAAAGCUUCCCAAUGUUCUCAGGAGCUCCAAAAGACCCAACUGCUGUGCCUCGGCAGCAUACCACCUUCACAGGGAGACUGGGACAGCCCCCCAGGGGGCCCAUCUCUUUACAUAUGUACAGCAGAAAAAAUGUUUUCCUCCACCACAAUUUGCACACGGCAGAGCUACAGACUUUAGGUCAACAAGAUGGCUAACAAGGUGCUUAUUUUUCUUGCCAUGGAAGGAGAGUUGAUURAAGAGGGACAUAAGCUCACCUAAAGCUCUGUUUUCAGUUCUCAUCUGCUGCUAAUUUCAUGUGAAAAAAAAAAUAAAUAAAACUUUAACAUUGUCUGUAGGUUCCAUAUUUUCCCAUCUGGGACUGAGGCAAUAGGAUGAAUUAGAUUGUUAAGUAACUGGGCUGAUUUGUCAUGCAGAAGUCACCACGGGUGUAAUAAAUGGGACCAUUUGGCUGGCACUGCUAGUCCAAUAUUGGCUAAAUAUAUUUUUUCCCCUCUAUAAGUCACUAUSAUUCCCUGAAAUUCUAGAAGAUGAUCUUAAAUAAUCCUGUAUGUUUAAUAAUAUUACUGUUCAAGUAGAUGUGAGAAAUGAAUAGAUAAGUAAUUAGAAACCUUCCUGAAUUUCAUAAAGAUUAGAGAAAUAAGGAGUCAGAAAUCUUUAAGGACCCUCUUUUUAGACUUUCUUGUUGGUUGGUUUUUUUUUUUUGUACAGUGAAAUUUGGUUACUUGCAGAAUGUUAACACUUCCUGCUGUAUGUGCCUCAUGCCACAAGUAGGGGAAGUGAUUGAUUUUCCUCUAACAGGUUCAUAGAGACUCGCCAGGUAUUCGAGUCAGUAAUUGGGUCCCAAACUAAGGAUGUCAGUUUGUUUCCUCAACCUUCCUUUCCCUCUUCACGCUUCUAUUUAACUUCAUUUCUUUGAGUGUUUCUGUUCCACAAUGACAUGUCAAGUUGWGGUGAUCUUUGUGCUUUGCAGGCGCCAUAGCGCUCACAAUGCAGUGUGACAUUCUGCUGUGUAAUGCAUUCUAAAAUUUCAUUUCACUUCCCAAACCAGAAAUGUGUGGAAGACUAAAGUAAGAGAAAUCAUCUUAUUACUCAGGCUAAAUGACCUGCCUAAAUCAUAAUUUCUGUGGGCUGUGUCUUGUGCCCUUCAGGACGUGUUGGUUKACAGCAGCUCAGUGGGUUUGUUAGUCUUGACAUGGCACAGACAAGUGAGAUUCAUUUCCUGCCCGGUCUCAUGGGAGCACGGAAUCAUCUGGUCACACCACAGAACCUGAAGAUCUGUCAGUGGCAAAAGAUCAGAUUUUCCCCUCUCAGAAGGCUUUGGAAACAUCUCAGUCCAGUUACUCCAAACAUGUGGCAUAUAUCGAACAUGACAUUUCGUUUACAACCUCUCUGAUGCAGAGUAAUCAGUUUGAGCUGUAAUGGCACGUGCAGUUAGUGGUUUAUAAAUAAUGUGGCACAUUUAAGUAUGAUUGAGGCAGAUCUGAGACAAGUCACCUCUCUCUUUAACUGGUGAUUAAUAAAGAAAGACAAGGGUGAAGUUCACUCUCACACACAAAAGCGAGCCAUUGUGACUUAACAGAGAUAGCAUAACAUGAAAAAUAAAGCUUCUGUUGCCACUAAAAAUCUGGAGCUUUUAAAAGAUAAGUCACAUAGCGUAUAUAAAAUGAUUUAAUGAUAAAAUUUUACCUAGUGUUAAAUAUGUCUGCUACACUACUUAAUACCUGGAUUAAAACAAGGAUUGUUUAGAUUUAGAAAAAAAUAGAUUAUGAGCUUGGCAGGUAUUCUGCAAAGCAAUUUCAGCAGCCUAAAAUUUCAGGCUUCUGUUUACUGAGGAUUUUAUUUUGAUUAGAGCAGAUUUUAUUACAUUAUCUGAURUUGAAGAGAGCAGGUUUUGUCUAAAUAUUCUGUAGUGAUAAUUUUGGGUAUCCAGAGAUGGAUACAUAAGAACCAAGACAAACAUUUGCCAAAAUUCUUCAUGUUCAUGUGUGCGUUGCUACUGCCAAAACAGAAUGUGCGAAAAUUGCAAACACAGCUUUACUGAAUUAACUGUGGGUAUUCAAGACUYCCAAUCCUGCAUUGAAACUCAUAAUGUAGAGUCUACCAAAUAAGUUAAAACUAGUAAUAAGAUAAUUUCACUGCUCAGAAUCACUUUUUCUUCUUAGCAGUAUCCUGAAGUCAUGGUGGGUUUAAAGGACAGUUAAUUCUUACUAACAAUUCRUUUCAGUAUUGCUCAUCUCAAGAGUUGAUGUAAGCAAUUGAAUUUCAGAUCUGUAAAUAAAUUAAGCAUACUCUGUAAUCAAGGAAUUUUUUUUCCAGGAUACAAAUGUACUUUACUAUGUUAAAGAAAAACAAAAAAAAACAAGCAAACUAAUACCCUCUUUGUUUUAGGUUAUGUACUGUAUCUAUAGCUGGUUUUUUUUCCUGGGAAAAUGGACUUUUGGAUUACACUUUAUUUAAAAAUCCAUCUAUAAACUUCAAAAAUAGCAUUUUAAAUGCUACUAUUUUCUUGGAGAACAAUCUUUUUUAGAGCUGAAACUUAAAAAAAAACUGGAAAAAAAACAGUUCAGUGAAAGCGAGGGAUAUUUUUAAAAUGUCAUCUUGAAGCUGUUUUGUAUCAGUAUUUUCAGCAUUGUUAUUUGUAAUACUGAGUGUAAAUCUCACCCAAGGAAGGGUAUUAACCACAUGUUAAUGUACAGUACAGCAGUAACUGUAAAACAGAGGUCCUUUGUUUGAUCCUCUUGUGUACAUAGUAAAUCAUAAAGCAACAGCAUGUGGACAUUCUUGCAGUGAAUURAUUCCUUUGUACUAAAAAUCUCUAGUUUUUUAAGAGUUCCAUGUACAAAAUGAUUUAUACAUUUCUCCAAGGCUGUACAUAUCCAAAGACAUGACACCGGGGGAAAAGGCAUUUAUUAUUUUUUUCCAUGGAUGUACCUUUCUUCCCUUUUCUUUCUCUUUCUGUACAACAAAACAUAACUGCGAAGUUUCUGCUAGAAGUUACUUGUUUUUAGUUCCAUGUCUUUCAGUGUGAUGAGGGCAUUUUAAGGAGGAGGAAAUCCCGAAAGAAAAUCUGUUUCCAUUUAAGUAGUGUCCGUCCCAUUUUUUUAAAGCAAUCACUUGGCAAGAGAAGCCUUAGAUCUGUGCCCUAAAUAGUUUUUCAGUCAUUUAACAGAGCGACACCUGAAAUGGCUUUACCAUCAUCUCUAGCCCUACCCUGACCAGAGUGCUUCUACAGGAUACAAUGAGAUGCCCAGGGCCAGCCCAGGUCAUAAAUUACUGAGAUGGAAGGAAAACACUUCUUUGAUGUUUGGCUUUCAGAGCUCUGGAAAGGGAGGKUUUUUUGUAUACCUUGUGCAUGUGAAUGAAGCUCGAACUGUGUGCUUGUGCACACUGGAAAGAGAAGUCUUACUACAAAGAUCUCUUCUAUUUAGGCUAUUUAGCAGCAUUUUCAUAUGCAUUUAUGCAUCCAGCAACAUAAUUUUCUGCCACCCUUCAAGACAAGCCAGCCCUCUAAAUGUARAAUGAAACAGCCAGAAUAGAUUCCAAUACUGCAAUCCAGACUCUUACAGGUUUUUAUUCCAAGCUACACACAUCCACCUAAAUGUUAGAAGGGGUUUCCUUAUGUGGCUCUUCUGGAAAUUCUGAAAGGGUGUAUAUCCAGACUAAGAUGCUCAAAUGAUGUUUAAAUAAACAUUUGAAAGCUUAUCAAAAUGUUUGUGCUUGCUCUACAAGUUCAUUACAGUCAUUACAGGUUUGUUACCAAUAAAAAUUGGUAUUUUUCCUUUUCCUAAAAGCCAAUUUGGAAGUAAUGAUUUCUGUCUGUGCUGAUUCCCAUUAUACUGUUAAGUACACAAUACACUCUGCAAACUAGUAAAGUGGGGUAUUUACAAAUCAGGACUGUAAUUUAUAUGCCCCAACAGUUGUGCCAUAUCUGCCCUGGUUUGAUUUCUAUGACAUUGACUUUGAUUAAUUAUACUGAGUUAAGUCAGUAACUGAGUUAACUCAGUAUAAUUAAUGAYUGGGAUUGUGGCCUUUGAUCCAACUAGUCUCGGUUUAUGCAUAGGAGUUCUCUGAAUUUGGAAAUCUUUCCUGAUUCACAAAAAACCCAAGAAAAUACUUAAUCUAACAAAACCACCAGAUCAUAAUCYUUGGUAAAACAUUCAAAAGCAAAAAAAUCCCAGCAAACCCCUUUGUAUAUCUGCAUAGUUCAUAAAUGAAGUAGAGUAACAUCUAAAAAAUGCAAAAUCUUGAAAUAAAUACCUAGAAAAAAAACCCAAACUAAAUCCAGUGGAGUCUUUGUUCAGAUGUUUGUAAAAGUUGAUUAAGUUUGUAAAGAUGUUGAUGAGUUCUGAAUCUGAGUGCAGUAGUGAAAUAUGUUGUGUGGCCUCUACCACUCUCACUCUGAUGAUUUUUUUGGGGAGAAUUUGCUGUUUGAAGCUUGUUCUAGACCAAGCAGGCAGUACAGUGUGAGGAAAUACAUUGAAAGUAACUGUGGAGGUCUUUGCCUAGCUUGGAGAAACACACAGCAUCGUUUCCAGGAUGUAUCUUAGUGUUCUCAGGAGAAAAGCCUCAACUCCUUCAGACCAAGAUUGCCUCUAAAUGGGCUUUACUUUAACAUGUCCUAUAUGGUGCACUUCUGAAAUAAUUUUGAAAUUUCAGCAGCUGCAGAAUGCACCUCGCUGGGUU